UGCUGCGGAGGGCAACAGACACAGAGAGAGAGAGGUGUUAUUAUUUGACUUAUUUCAUUGCAAUAGCAACUAACAGCUAACAAGUAUCACCACCCACCAAUCAGCGCGUGACUCUGGUGAAUAUCACAAAAGAAAGACAGCACACAGAACCAGAAAACAACCUUCAACAAAGACAAAAACCGCUCUCUUCUCCAACGCUGUCUGUCACCUUAAAAAACAAAGUUCCACUUCAUCAGAUUCAACUAAACCACACCACACCAUUCGCAUCAACACAGCACUUGUUUGUUCCCAACUCCGAAAAAUAUCAUGCUCCUAACGUAAAAUCCUCGGUUUCAACGUUCAACCGCGAUCUCAAAAAACAAAACUAUGGCAUCACUCUCAGGCAUUUGCUCCUCUUCCCCGACUCUCAAAAAAUUCCCAAACCAAUCCCCAUCGUUGACCGACCCUCUCCGCAAAGACCACGUGUCCUUCCCCGCACGCCUUGCCGAUCGGACCCUCAGCCUCGCGCCGCCCCGUGCGGUGGCUCGGGAGGUUUCCGACGGAGCGUUGGCGGCGGCGGUGAAGAAGGGGUUGGAGAAGGAUCCGCGCGCGCUGUGGCGGAGAUACGUGGGUUGGCUGUACCAGCACAAGGAACUUGGGAUUUACUUGGAUGUGAGUCGGGUCGGGUUCAGUGAUGAGUUCGUUAAGGAGAUGGAACCCCGUUUCCAAGCGGCGUUUCGGGCGAUGGAGGAGUUGGAGAAGGGCGCGAUCGCGAAUCCCGAUGAGAGUCGCAUGGUGGGACACUAUUGGCUGAGGGACCCUAAGCGUGCGCCCAACUCGUUCCUUAAAACGCAGAUUGAGAACACUCUCGACGCUGUUUGCAAGUUCGCUAACGACGUCGUUAGUGGUAAGAUUAAGCCUCCUUCGUCUCCGGAGGGUCGAUUUACUCAAAUAUUGUCUGUGGGAAUUGGAGGUUCUGCUCUUGGACCACAGUUUGUUGCAGAAGCAUUGGCACCUGAUAAUCCUCCACUCAAGAUAAGAUUUGUGGACAACACGGAUCCUGCUGGAAUUGAUCAUCAGAUUGCACAACUUGGGCCUGAGCUAGCUUCAACACUUGUGAUUGUGAUAUCAAAGAGUGGAGGUACUCCUGAGACCAGAAAUGGUUUAUUGGAAGUGCAGAAGGCCUUUCGUGAAGCAGGCUUGGAUUUUCCUAAACAGGGUGUUGCUAUAACACAAGAAAAUUCUUUGUUGGAUAACACUGCCAGAAUUGAGGGCUGGUUAGCUAGAUUUCCUAUGUUUGAUUGGGUGGGAGGUAGAACGUCAGAGAUGUCUGCAGUUGGCCUGCUUCCAGCAGCCCUUCAGGGCAUUGAUAUUAGAGAAAUGCUUGCCGGUGCAUCAUUGAUGGAUGAGGCUAAUAGGAGUACUGUGUUAAGGAAUAACCCUGCAGCUCUGCUGGCUUUAUGUUGGUAUUGGGCUACAGAUGGUGUAGGAUCCAAGGAUAUGGUUAUUCUUCCAUACAAGGACAGCCUGUUAUUAUUCAGUAGAUACUUGCAGCAGCUGGUCAUGGAAUCUCUAGGCAAGGAGUUUGACUUGGAUGGUAAUCGGGUUAAUCAAGGAAUUAGUGUCUAUGGAAACAAAGGAAGCACAGAUCAACAUGCCUAUAUUCAACAAUUGAGGGAAGGUGUACACAAUUUCUUUGUAACAUUCAUUGAGGUGCUACGUGAUAGACCUCCUGGUCAUGAUUGGGAACUUGAACCUGGUGUCACAUGCGGUGACUACUUGUUUGGUAUGCUACAGGGAACAAGGUCAGCUCUGUAUGCCAAUAACCGAGAGUCCAUCACAGUUACUGUACAAGAAGUGACACCUAGAACAGUUGGUGCUCUUAUUGCACUCUAUGAACGAGCAGUAGGAAUUUAUGCCUCCCUUGUCAACAUAAAUGCUUAUCAUCAACCAGGUGUGGAAGCUGGUAAAAAAGCAGCAGGUGAAGUACUAGCACUUCAGAAGCGAGUGUUGGCAGUGCUAAAUGAGGCAAGCUGCAAAGAACCUGUAGAACCAUUGACCCUCGAAGAAGUAGCAGACCGUUGCCAUGCUCCUGAAGAUAUCGAAAUGAUUUACAAGAUUAUCGCACACAUGGCUGCCAAUGACAGAGCAUUGAUUGUCGAAGGCAGCUGUGGUUCACCACGCAGCAUCAAGGUUUUUCUUGGGGAAUGUAACAUUGAUGGGUUGUAUGCAUGAGUUAGACGACUACCAGAAUUCAUGUUUUGGUAAUGUUGCAAUUGUGUUUGAAUACACGGACCAACAGAAGAGAAGUUGCCUGCAAUAAUUUGGUUUCAAUGUUGAAUCUCCAUCAUUAACGAAAGUGGAAAUUUCUGUUAAGACAAAUUCUUGAAAGUGUUUUGGUGUUCUGAAUUGGAACUACGUGUAACCAAAUGGAGAAUCCAGUGGGUAAAUAUAAUUAAUAAAAUUGUUCCUUUCGCUGCCUAAA